AUGCGUGACUCGUCGCGAGCGGCGCACGCGCACGCGCACGCGUACACAUCCCCGCUCGAAACCCUAGAGUCCUCCAUAGCCGUCCUCGGCGGGUGGCAUGGGCAACCCGCGCAGCACUCUGCUUCUUCCUCCUCCGGCGGCGCGGGGACCGCCAUAUGGGACGCGUCGGUCGUCGACGUGCGCGCGUAUCUCGAAGCCGUCGAGCGCCUCUUCGAUCUCAUCGACGCCGCCAACAUGCCCGGCGUGCCGCCCGGGAUGGCCUUCGUGCGCGAGUCGGCGAAGGCGAUGCUGAACAACGUCGUGCCGCGGCUCGAGGAGGGCUUUCUGCACGUGCUGCUCGCUGAGAGCCACCCCGUGCCGCCCGAUCGGGUCAACGAGGCCGCCAAGCGCGUAUCCAAGCCCCCGCGCUCCUCCGCGCCGCUCUCCCCCUCCGCGGCCGCCACCCCCGUCGCGUCCUCUUCCCCCUCCUCCUCCCCCUCGUCCGCGUCCCUCGCGGUCUCCGCGCUCGACCGCGCGCCCUCCUUCCUCCCCGAGCCCGCCGUGUGGCGCCUCCACGCCAUUGCGCGCGUGGCUGCGCGCGCGGGGCUCUCCCCCUCGCUCAGGCGGAACUACCGCACCGUGCGCAAGGCGGUGCUAGAGGAAUCCCUGAAGCAGCUGGCAGCGGGUCGCUUCGACCCUCGGCUGGUGCCGACACUCGACUGGGAUGAGCUGGCAGCGCGGGUGGACCUGUGGAAGGCGUAUGCGCGAAGGGGCGUGCGCGUGCUGCUCGCCGCUGAGAGGAAGCUCUGUGAACGGGUCUUUGACACCGUCGAGGACAGCGAGCAGUGCUUUGCGGAGACGGCAAAGGGCAGCAUGGGGCGGCUGUUUGACUUCGUGGAGGCCUUUGCGGCGGGGCACAAGGCGCCUGAGCGCCUCUUCGCCAUGCUCGACAUCUACGAGACGCUGCAGGAGCUGCAGCCGGAUUUCAACGCGGUUGUGUGCGGCAACGGCGCGUGCCGGAGCGUGCGAAACGAGCUAUCGGUCGUGCUGAGCUACGUGGGCGUGGCAGUGAGAGGCAUUCUCGCUGACUUCGAGCGAAACAUAGAGCAGGAGGACAGCCGGCCCCCUCCCGCCGGCUCCGUGCACGGGCUCACCAGCUACGUUGUCAACUACCUGGGCUUGCUCUUUGAAUACAGUGACACUAUUAAUAAGCUGUAUAGCAGCAGUGGGAACGCGGUGGUGGUGCCGGUGCCGAAGCUGCUUCGGCUGAGGUCGGGACGAGGAGGAGGAGGAGGAGUUUGGGGAGGAGGAGGUGCAGGGGGAGGAGGAGGGGGAGGAGGGCGGAGUGGUGGGGGAGGAUGGGAAGCGGUACUGGGGGGAGCCGCAGGAGGAGUAUCGGGAGGUGGGACGGAAGAUUCGGGGGAUUCUCAAGGUGUUGGAGGCGAAGCUUCUGGGGAAGGCGCUGACGUGAAGGGGUGUGAGCUGCGCAUGCUGGUGGGGGACGACUGGAUCAGGGACCGGGCAGACACAGUGCAGCAGCAGGCAAGCGACCACAUCAGGGUGGCCUGUGUAUUCCUAAAGUCAGACGUCUCUCUUUCAUCCUCUCCUCUCCUCCUGUACUGCGCAGGUGAAGGGGUGAAAGGCUGUGAGCUGCGCAUGCUGGUGGGGGACGACUGGAUCAGGGACCGGGCAGACACGGCACAGCAGCAGGCGAACGAGUACCUGAAAGUGGCGUGGAACCGCGUGGCCGCCCUCAAGGUAAUCCCAAGGGCGCAGCAGCAGGCGAACGAGUACCUGAAAGUGGCGUGGAACCGCGUGGUGGCACCGCUCAGAGAGGUUCCCACCACCUCCUUCCUCAACCCCAAGGGCUCCCUCAAGGUGAGUGCAGCAGCUGCUCAUUGUAAGGUGAGUGCAGGUGCUCAUUGUAAGGUGAGUGCAGGUGCUCAUUGUAAGGUGAGUGCAGCUGCUCAUUGUAAGGUGAGUGCAGGUGCUCAUUGUAAGGUGAGUGCAGGUGCUCAUUGUAAGGUGAGUGCAGUUGCUCGUUGUAAGGUGAGUGCAGGUGCUCAUUGUAAGGUGAGUGCAGGUGCUCAUUGUAAGGUGAGUGCAGGUGGUCAUUGUAAGGUGAGUGCAGGUGCUCAUUGUAAGGUGAGUGCAGGUGCUCAUUGUAAGGUGAGUGCAGCUGCUCGUUGUAAGGUGAGUGCAGGUGCUCAUUGUAAGGUGAGUGCAGGUGCUCAUUGUAAGGUGAGUGCAGCAGGUGCUCAUUGUAAGAUGGACGCCAUGGUGAGGGCGAUUGACUUCUGCCCCGUGAAGCAGAUCUACUUCCCCUUCUCCCCUCACCUCUUCAACCGCACCUUCCCUGCAGCUUCCCCUGACGACUGCCAAGGCCGGCUGCCUAGGAGUGAGGUCGCCUGGGGGGAAGCAGAAGGUGACGAAGGGGGUGGUGGAGGAGGAGGAGAGGGACCGGAGGAAGGGAAGGAGUGGGUUGGCAAUUGCAGUGGACAGGUGGAUCAGUUUGGAAGGUUCAGGGACCCUCGGAUAAUAUCUCUCAAGCACCACUGGUGGUGGGCGAUGAACGCGGUGUGGGGGGGCGUGGCGGAGACGCGGGGGUAUGGAGGGCACGUGGUGUGGGUGGAGGAGGACCAUAUGCUCUUCCCCAACGCCCUGCGCCACCUGCAAGUGCUCCUCCACGCCAAGCACGCGAACUGCCCCCACUGCAUCGCCGCCAACCUCGCGCCCUCCGAUGUGCAUGAGUGGCAGGACAAGCUGGCAGAAUCUGAUGACGUGGCGAUAGAAGAUGGCACGUGGCUCGUUUCUAGUAGACGCGAACCUGCCGGGGCCCUCAACCAGGAGCUGUUCCGAAGUGGAUUCGCGGCGCUGAACGCCGCAUCUCGCGGAGGUUCAACGAUCCGCGCCGCGACGGAAGACCACAAUCGCGCCGACUUGGAAAUGGAGAAAAAUCUGAAGUCCAUGCGGGAUGAGGUGGAGCACAUGGAUUUGAAGACGGAGGAGAAUUACGAUCGCGCGGGAGCUAGACUGCUCGACCUUUUUAACGGAAGGAAGGAACGCGAAGCCCAAUCGUUCUUCGACAUGUGGCGUCGCAUGAACCCGCACGAGCCGUGGCCGCCUUCCUCGCCGCUCUCUCGGCGGCUCGAGGAGUGGAAUCGCCAGCCGGCGAGAGCGCCUUUGACGGCGGGAAACGCGGAGAAGAGCGGCGGCGGGAUGGGGCUGCUGGCGAAGCUACGCGCACAAGUGCGGCGAAGCGCGAAGGGGAAACGGGCUAGCAGUAGCAUUGCUAUUACUGGCAGCAGUAGUGAUAGCAACACUAAUGUUACUGGAACGCGAGGUCCGUGGAAGAAGCGGUUAAGCGACUCAGAUGUGGUGAUGGUGCUGCUGGUGCACAACCGCCCCGCGUACCUGCGACGCACGCUGGAGGCGCUGAGCAAAGUGGAAGGCAUCGAAGACACGCUGCUCAUCGUCAGCCACGACGGGUACUACCCCGAGAUGCACGCGCUGGUGCGCGGAAUCACGUUCUGCGCGGUCAAGCAGCUCUACUUCCCGCUCUCCCCGCACCUCUUCAGCGCCUCCUUCCCCGCCGCCUCCCCCGCCGACUGCCGGGGGAGAGCGCAAGGCGCCUCAGGGGUGCGCGGGGAGGGCGCGCGAGGGGGGGAGUGCACGGGUCAGGCAGACCAAUACGGGUCGUUCAGAGACCCGGGGAGGCUGUCUCUUAAGCACCACUGGUGGUGGGCGAUGAACGCGGUGUGGGGGGGCGUGGAGGAGACGCGGGGGUAUGGAGGGCACGUGGUGUGGGUGGAGGAGGACCAUCUGCUCUUCCCCAACGCCCUGCGCCACCUGCAAGCGCUCCUCCUAGCCAAGCACGCGCGCUGCCCCCACUGCAUCGCCGCCAACCUCGCCCCCUCCGAUGUGCACUCGAUACAGGACGACGAGCCAGGGGAGCUGGCAGCGGAGCGCAUGUGCAAUGUGGGGUAUGCGUUUAACCGCAGCGUGUGGGAGCUCAUUCACGCACAGGCCAAGCCGUUCUGCCUGUACGACGACUACAACUGGGACCUGACCCUCUGGUCCUCCGUGCUGCGCCGCCUGCCCUCCUCCUGGUCGCUGCGCUGGUCCCGCGCCAGCGCGCACCACGUGGGGUCCUGCGGGCUGCACUCCGGGCAGGGGGACUCGCAGGGCAAGAGUAACACUAGUGCAGCUGCUGCUGUGACGGGGAGUGGUGGGGGAGGGAGCGAGACGGAUGGGAAGGAGGGGAAGGAGGGGAAGAGUGUGGGGUGUAGUACAGGAGAGGAAGGGAUAGAGAAGGUGCAGUUGUUGGAUGAGGACCAUUGGAUGAUGGUGAAUGCCUCGGCUCCCAUUGUGGAACGAGAGGAGGAGAAGUGGUGGAUGAUGUUCCAGGGAUGGGGGGGAUGGGGAGAUGGAAGGGACAUCCAGCUGUGCAUGCACAUAGCACACAUUCGGGCGCAUGGUGCACGACCCCGUGGGAUUGCUACAACCUCAGCUCGUCGCUGUGGGGCAGCUCAACUGAUGUGCUGCUCAUGCCCGAUUUUCUUCCUGUAUCACCUCCCACGUAUCCUCCCCUCUCUGUGUUCCCUGCUGCCACCCCCCAUCUCCCCACCGCUUCCCCCUGGUCCCCGCUUCCCCACAACCUGCCCCCUCUCCCUCCCUGUCCCCCGCUCUGUGCAGUCGGGAGCGUGGUGCACGUCCCCCUGGGACUGCUACAACCGCAGCUCGUCGCUGUGGGGCAGCUCCAAGCACUUCCCUGACGUGCUGCCCACACCCGGCAUUCUCAGCGCCCAGGGCGAUGUCAACCCGGACCUGUACGACUGGAAUCUGGUCAUCUUCCCUUACUGCGAUGGGGCGUCCUUCUCUGGUGACAGGCAGGACCCUCUGGUCUUUGAGGGAGUGCCGCUCUUCUCUCGCGGGCGGCCCAUCCUCGACUUCCUCCUCGCACACCUCACAGCAAGAUUCCACAUGGGCACUGCACAGCGGGUGCUUAUAUCGGGGUGUUCAGCGGGCGCCCUGGUGGUGUACCUACACUGCGACUACAUCCGCCACGCUCACAUGCCCCCCUCUGCAUCCGUGCAGUGCCUUGCAGACUCGGGCCUCUUCCUUGACAUUCCAGACAUCAGUGGCGGCAGGGCGGCUCAGACGCUCUUCCGAUCCGUGCUCACCAUCCAUAAUGUGACUGGAAGUCUUCCCGCUUCCUGCGUCUCCUCUCGUCCACCUGAAGACCACUAUCAGUGUUUCAUGUCAGCACAGCUACUGCCCCUCCUCAAGACGCCCACGUUCAUCAUCAACAGCAACUACGACCUCUGGCUCUUGCGGCAUGCGCUCGCCCCACCAGAGGCAGACCCGUCAGGUGAACUCAUCGCCAGCUGCUUGAGGAAGCUGCACACAUGCAACCAAUCACAGCUCGCCACCUUGCAAGGCGUGCGGGACACAGUCACAGCAACUGUGGCACCCCUCCUGCCACCCGCGGCAGCCGGCGGGGGAGGGGAGCAGUUGGGUGUGCAGCAGCAGCACGGGGUGUUUCUGUUCUCGUGCCUGACCCACUGCACGAGCCACUACGAGGACCACUGGCUGCGACUCACCGUGCUCAACCAGACGCUGAUGCAUGCUGUGGGCAAGUGGCUGCGAACUGUGGACGCUACCACAGAUGCACAGAGCACCAGCAGCACGCACGGUGGCGUAGAUGGGUUUGAGGCGGCGCUGAUAGACUGCCCGUACCCGUGCAACUCGUGCAACGUGCGGAGGGGCCCAGAGCAAGGGCAGGCAGGGGUAGCACAAAAGCAGGUGGAAGCAAGUCAAGGGCAGGAGGGGCCCAGGCAAGGGCAGGCAGGGGUAGCACAAAAGCAGGCUGUUCAAGGGCAAGCAUUUCAAGCGCAGGUCAACACAGGUGGUGCUCAGGGGCAGGUCAAGACAGAUGCCCCACAAGGGCAGGUGGGAGCACAGGCAGGGCAGGUGCAGGUGACAGAGGUGGUGCAGAGGGAUGGGGGUGUGCAGGUGAAGACAGCGCAGGCUGGACUGGUGAAGCCAGAAACAGGUGGAGUUCAAACUACUGUGUGA